AAGCGGAAGUGGGGGUGUUGUUGCCUCUAUGACUCCGGCUUCUCCAGGCCCGCGGUGAGCCCGCCGCAUCUGUUCCGGUCCCCGCCCCGCGGCUGCGGCGCUGACGUGGCUCCCGGAAGUGGGGCUGGCGCGGGGCCGCCAUGUUGCAGCAGGACAGUAAUGAUGACACUGAGGAUGUUUCACUGUUUGAUGCGGAGGAGGAGACAGCUAGUAGACCGAAAAAAUCCAAAAUCCGACACCCAGUGGCAUCAUUUUUCCACUUAUUCUUUCGAGUCAGUGCAAUUAUAGUCUAUCUUCUCUGUGAGUUGUUCAGCAGCAGCUUUAUUGCCUGUAUGGUGACCAUCAUCUUGUUGCUGUCAUGUGACUUUUGGGCAGUCAAGAAUGUCACAGGUAGACUAAUGGUUGGCCUGCGCUGGUGGAAUCACAUUGAUGAAGAUGGAAAAAGCCAUUGGGUGUUUGAGUCCAGGAAGGCCUCCCCUCAAGACAGUAAGAGCGUGUCGGAGGCUGAGUCAAGAAUCUUCUGGUUGGGGCUCGUUGCCUGCCCGGUGCUCUGGGUGAUAUUUGCCUUCAGUGCCCUCUUCUCCUUCAGGGUGAAGUGGCUGGCGGUGGUUAUCAUGGGUGUGGUGCUGCAGGGGGCCAACCUGUAUGGCUACAUCAGGUGCAAGGUGGGCAGCAGGAAGAACUUCACCAGCAUGGCCACAUCGUACCUUGGAAAGCAGUUUUUAAGACAAGGCGCCGGAGACGAUCAGACCUCCUGAAGACAGUGAGGGGGCCUGCGUGUUCUUUCCAUUGGGAACAACCGAAGGGCUCUGGACUCGGAACCUUUAGAACUCAUUACCUGUUGCAAAGAGGAGUGUGGGGUUUGCUUUUCCAUUUUUAAAUUUACUUAAAAGGAAACGUAGUUUUCAUAUUAAGUUUUUACUUUCUUUCCAGCAUUUGGGGGUUGCAGGUGUGGGCUGUGGCUAGGAACACUGUCAGCACGUGGUCCAUGGUGUACAUACGUGUGUGCAGUCAUGUGAGCUCCGUGUAUCUUAAGUUCACCAGAGUGUGCUCGUGCCCACGUGGAAUGGAGCAUGAACAUGCUUUGCAUCUUGAUCCACAGAACAUGGGGAUGUUCUGAGUCUAUCUCAAAACUCUCUCUGUUUACAUACUGUCUCUGUAGAUUAUCCUAGAAGAAGGUUUUGCUUCCAUGGUAAGAGUGAGCACUUUAGCUUAAAUAUAAGUUAGUAAUAAUUGUUAAUUUUACACUUAAUAUAUACUUCAGAAGAAACUUCUUACCCUAGGCAUUCACAGGCAGGUAAAAAUCAAAUUUGGGCUGUUUAUGUUAACUAGUUUCUCAAACUUUUGAAUUUUUAUUUGUUAACGAGUCAUGUACUUAAGCCCCAUAAUAAAUAAAUGAAAGGAAUUUUCAUAGUUUAUGUUCAGGGGAUACCUAGGCAUUGCUGCUGUUCUAUUUAUUUUGGGGGAAGGAUAGCCGGAUUUUACUUUGGAACCUUCCAGAAGCUCUUCGGUGGUCCUUGGCCUAAUGAAGUCUGUCUUUUACCACUAAAAGAGUAUUAUUCUUAUGUCAUAGUGAGAAUAAUCAUUUCAAUACUUGGCAUUAUGGAUGCCUGAAAGACGUUUUAUUUUGUGAAUCUAUUUUUUUUUCUUGCUAUAAUGGGGAUAUUGUAAAUCAUGUAUUUAUAUUAAUGGUAUUUCUUAAAACAAUAUAUGUAACAAUCUGCAAACUAUUGUAGGCUUCUGUAAAUUCUGUUGUAGGUACUGUAAACUUUGUUUUAAUCAACAGAUUAUUUUGUGACUGUAUUUAUACAUUGUUAAAGAUUUUUUGAAGAUGUUUUGUUUAAUUGAAUAAGUAUCUUAUUGGAGUGAUAACUUUGAAGGUGCAUAACUUUAUAUUUGUAUAAAACUCUACUGUUUCAAAGCACUUUGACCCUCGUAAUCUCAUUUGAUCCUCAUGACCAGCCUGUUAUGUGUGAUGCCUGCUCGUUUAUAGGCGACAGAACAGGACUUCAGGUUAUUGAGUGACUUGCCCAAGGAGUCACUGAUUACAGGAAGACCCAUCAGGACAUAUUACUGAUUUUAGAGGAAGGACAUUUGUCUCUAAAUGUCCUUUCCGUACUUACGAAUCAUUAAUUUGCUGAGUCAUUAAUUUGGUAAGAGCCUGUUUCCCAGUUUAUUUAUACUUGUCUGGUGAGGAAAGUGGACGCUGCGUAAGUGUUUUUAUUUAACCUGAAAGUGGUAUUGUCAGUCUGCAGAGUUGAGAGUCUGACGGGACAGACACAGUGGUGUCGUUCUUGAGGUAACCGUCGCUUGAGGCUGCAGUCCUAAACCAGGUGUGAACUGGAGUUUGGAACAUGCACGUGGCAGGACCUCCUGGGUAUCCCCCAGCAUUCAUCUUCCCUUCUCCUUUCCCACUGAUGAGCCAGUUCAUGGCCACAAAGACAGUGUUUCCCGGAUUUUCUUGCUGCGCCCUGGCUGCGCUUCCAGGAAGUAUUCCUAGAAGGACGGCAUGCCCGUCCCUCCCCUCUUCAUCCCUGUCGGCCGAAAUGUAGACAGAGCGGAUGGCGCUUGAGUCGCUGUCUUGGACGACGGGAUGGAAGCCUUGGUGUGAGAACAGCAGAGCAGUAAGGUGGAGAUGGAGUGCUCUCUGGUGGGGCCAGCAGCCCUGAACUGCCCGGCUCAGUUUUUAAGCGGGAGACGAACUUCUGUCUUGCUUAAGUGUUAUUGUUUUGGUUUUUCUGUUGCUACAGCCUAACUGAAUUCUUAUCAAUACAGUAUAUUUUUAGGGUCCCCCAUAAUUGUUUCCAUUAGUGUAGUAUUUGAGAUGUGAUAGUUCAGCAACUACAUAUUUGUUCUUUUCUCUGUGAGGUAAUUAAGCUGAUAUUAUAGAUGCUAACAAGUCUAGCUGUUCCGGAUGCUGUUGCUGCUGUAAAAAUUCACCCCAGAUCUUAGCAGCGUAGAACAGUCAUUUCCUAUGCUUACACGGCCGUGGGUCCAGAACUGGGGUGGAGCUCAGUGGGGACAGCUUUUCUCUGCUGCCUGCUCUGGGGCUCAACUGAGAGGUUUGAAGGCUGGUUUCUGCGCACUGGCCGGGAGCUGGGAAACCUCUGGGGGCAGCUUGGAGCCACUUGAUUUCCUGGUUAAUUAGUUUCCAUAACAUAGCACAACGUACUAGCCUAUUCUGACGAAUAUAGGUGCACAACUGACAAGAAUGCUCAGAAAACUUCUAAGCCCUAAUUCAGUAAUUUCUCCACUGCUCCUUGCUAUUUCCUUUCACAAGGAAAGAGACUGGAUUUUGGUCCCUUAGUUGUCGCCAGUUCUGAGCAGACCAGACAGGUGAAAUCGACCGGGUGAAAAUUCAACUAGGAGAGUCCACCUCCAUCUAUAGGAACCAGAAGCUUCUUGUUUCCAGCCAUUUGUUGCCAGGAAUGUGGUCCCUGU